AUGCUGUUGAAAGUGUUGAGCCUUUUGGCGUUAGUGGCCUUCGCCACAGCCAAGGAUGAGAAGAAAGACGAUGUUGGCACUGUAGUAGGCAUCGAUUUAGGCACUACAUACUCUUGGAACAACAAGCCCCUCGUGCAAGUGGAAACCACGCAGGGAACUAAGACCUUCGCUGCCGAGGAAAUUUCAGCAAUGGUCCUUGGAAAGAUGAAGGAAACGGCCGAAGCAUAUUUGGGCAAGAAGGUCACUCACGCAGUCGUCACUGUUCCCGCAUAUUUCAACGAUGCUCAGCGACAAGCCACGAAGGAUGCCGGUGUGAUCGCCGGACUCAACGUCAUGCGUAUCAUUAACGAACCCACUGCUGCUGCGAUUGCCUACGGUCUGGACAAGAAGGACGGCGAGAAGAACAUUCUUGUGUUCGAUUUGGGCGGUGGUACCUUCGACGUGUCUCUGCUGACCAUUGACAAUGGUGUCUUCGAAGUGGUUUCCACCAACGGUGACACUCAUCUUGGGGCGAAUGGCCUUAUGAAUUAUGCUCGAGUCGGGUUACCCCGGUGUCAGUCCUUCCUGUUCCGUGCCGUGCAGAAGUUGCGUCGUGAAGUUGAAAAGGCCAAGCGAGCUCUCUCAUCGGCUCAUCAAGCUCGUAUCGAAAUUGAAUCUUUCUUCGAUGGACAAGACUUUUCGGAAACUCUCACCCGUGCCAAGUUUGAGGAACUCAACAUGGAUCUCUUCCGUUCCACGAUGAAGCCUGUCCAAAAGGUGUUGGAGGAUGCCGAGAUGAAGAAGAACGAAAUUGACGAAAUCGUUUUGGUCGGAGGAUCUACUCGUAUUCCGAAGGUCCAACAAUUGGUGAAAGAGUAUUUCAACGGAAAGGAGCCAUCCCGAGGCAUCAACCCCGACGAAGCUGUUGCUUACGGAGCUGCAGUCCAAGCCGGCGUUCUCUCUGGUGAACAAGACACUGGCGAAAUCGUCCUUCUCGACGUGAACCCUCUCACCAUGGGUAUCGAAACUUUUGAGGAACUCAACAUGGAUCUCUUCCGUUCCACGAUGAAGCCUGUCCAAAAGGUGUUGGAGGAUGCCGAGAUGAAGAAGAACGAAAUUGACGAAAUCGUUUUAGUCGGAGGAUCUACUCGUAUUCCGAAGGUCCAACAAUUGGUGAAAGAGUAUUUCAACGGAAAGGAGCCAUCCCGAGGCAUCAACCCCGACGAAGCUGUUGCUUACGGAGCUGCUGUCCAAGCCGGCGUUCUCUCUGGUGAACAAGACACUGGCGAAAUCGUCCUUCUCGACGUGAACCCUCUCACCAUGGGUAUCGAAACUGUUGGCGGAGUCAUGACCAAGCUGAUCCCCCGCAACACCGUCAUCCCGACCAAGAAGUCUCAAAUUUUCUCCACGGCCUCUGACAACCAGAACACUGUCACCAUCCAGGUGUUCGAAGGCGAGCGUCCCAUGACCAAGGACAAUCACCAGUUGGGCAAAUUUGACUUGACUGGCAUUCCCCCGGCGCCACGUGGAGUCCCUCAAAUCGAAGUCACUUUCGAAAUCGAUGCCAACGGUAUUUUGCAAGUGUCUGCCGAAGAUAAGGGCACUGGCAACAGGGAGAAGAUCACCAUCACGAACGACCACAACCGUCUUAGCCCGGACGAUAUCGAUCGGAUGAUCAAGGAUGCUGAGCGAUUUGCCGACGAUGACAAGAAGCUGAAGGAACGCGUUGAGGCGAGAAAUGAGAUGGAGUCGUAUGCUUACUCCCUGAAGAACCAGUUGUCUGACAAGGAAAAGUUGGGAGGCAAGUUGUCGGCUGAGGAAAAGACGAAGAUUGAGGAAAUUCUUGAUGAGAAGAUCAAGUGGUUGGAGGAGAACCCGAGUGCCGAUUCUGAGGAGUACAAGACGCAAAAGAAGGAGAUGGAAGAUAUUAUCCAGCCGAUUAUUGCCAAGUUGUACCAAGGCCAAGGUGGCGCCCCGCCGACACCAGGUGGAGAUGACGAAGACUUGAAGGACGAGUUGUAA